CUACCUAGGUUAAGGCUAUAUAAUAAGGUUUAAGCUCAAUGCAGGUAACAUUAUAAGUUGGAUAUCUGAACAGAAAACAUGAGUGUAGAGGAGACUAGAUUACGUUUCUAUCAGAAGGUAGCAAUAGUAACAGGCGGGUGUGACGGUGUGGGUAGAGGUUGUGUCGAUAUUCUAGCUGAAAAUGGUGGGACAGUGGUUGUUUUCGACAUAAACGAUGAACUUGGGUCAAAUAUGACGCACGAUGGCCCCGGGAAGAUCAUUUACAUACACUGUGACAUGAAGAGCGAGACAGAAAUAAAGGAGGCCAUUGAGAAGACGGUAAAAAUGUGUGGAAAAAUUGACUGUCUUGUGAAUAAUGUAGGAUCACAUCCAGGGCCUUCUUCAAUAGAUGACAUUACAGUACAAGGUUUCCGAGAUUUACUUGAAAUUAACCUGAUAAGUCACUUUACUGCCAGCAAGUACACACUACCUCAUUUGCGAGUUUCAAAUGGAUGUAUUGUUAACAUAUCGAGUAAUUGCGCCACAAAAUCUUUCAAAAACUCGUCAAGUUACGGCGCAACAAAGGGCGGUGUGACAUCUUUGACGAAAGCUUUAGCUAUUGAUGAAGCUAAAUAUGGUGUCAGAGUGAAUUCAAUUGCCCCGGGGCCAGUUAAUACAAGGUUACUCCAGUCACUAAUGCCGGCGGAAGAACAGGAACUGCUUGCAAAAUGUAAUCAUUUGAACCGGCUUGCAAGUCCACGGGAGAUUGGACAGACGUGUCUAUAUCUUGCAACCGACGCUACAUUUACAACAGGUAUGGAAAUAAUGGUCACCGGCGGUGCCGAGAUUGGAUAUGGUGUAAAGGGCGGUGGAAACUUUGUUUAAAAUAUUCGCAAGCGUCUUCUUAAUCGAGUACAAGUUGUUUUUAUUUCAUUUUUGCUAUUUUAUGAUUGGCAUAGUUGCAAUGUUUUCGAAUGAAUAUAAAAAAAACUCCACAGCUUUGUUUUUGCAUAACGGGACUGUAAAUGAUAUAUCAAUAUAAAAUUUCAGGUCA